AUAUUGUUGGUUAAUUUUUGUCAAAAAAAAUCCUUCUUUUUAUGGUAACUCAUCUCUGACCCUGUGGAUUCAUUCAAACCUGUGUGACCUCAUUAUUUUAAAGCAGUGGUUCCCAACUGGUCCAGCCACGGGUCCAGCUUUCUCUUUCCUGAUUAGUUCAAGGUCCACACAGUUUGAUAUAUAUUCAGCAUCAUACUUGCUUUAUGCCGUGUCGUCAUGCUACUUUGCUGUCUCUGUCAAGUAGCUCUCUGUUAGUCACUCACUCUACAACAGGAAACAGCACUUCCUGCACAUGGCUUACUGAGACACGUGAAUAAACUGAGCUGUCUUUGUUGUUAAUGAUGACACCAGUGCUUUGUUUUUCCUGCUAUAACAAGUCAAAAUGUGUAAAAAAGAAUACAGUAUGCUCCUGUAUUUCAUAGACUGACCUCAUUUGUUGUCUGUUUGUCAAUGUAUGCUCUAUUAGCUGCUACAGAAUCGUGUUUCAAAACAAAGAUGACUCAAAAAAAGUCUGCAAUAAUUACAGGGUGGCUCUAUACAGCUUCCUGUACUUUGCUCCAAUAGAGCUGAAACAAGGCGGAGCUAUAAGACAGGAAAACAACAAGACUUCAAAGUCCGACUCCUUCAAGGAAACUGAAAGUUGGUAGAAUCGACAGGAGCGCUGCAGUCAAGACACAUCUUGCCGUGUCUCAUUAAAGAAAGAAUAAGUAAACUAAGCUCCCAGCAUCUUUCUAAGCUACACGACAGAGUUUCUGCACACUGAUAUGGCUGCUGCCAGCAGUUCACUGUCUGAAGAUCAGUUUCUGUGCUCCAUCUGUCUGGAUGUGUUCACUGAUCCAGUCAGCACACCAUGUGGACACAACUUCUGCAAGAACUGCAUCACUGAACACUGGAAUAUUAAUGUCCCCUAUCAGUGUCCCAACUGUAAUAAGGUUUUCGACACAAGACCUGAGCUGCAGGUCAAUACUUUUGUCUCUGAGAUGGUUUCUCACUUCAGACAGUCAGUUCAACAGAGAGCCAGCAGCUCAGAGCAACAAGCUGCUGAACCAGGAGACGUUCCCUGUGACGUCUGCACUGGACCCAGAGUGAAGGCCCUGAAGUCCUGCCUGGUGUGUCUGGUCUCCUAUUGUGAGACUCACCUGGAGCCUCAUCUGACAGCGUCAGGCCUGAAAAGACAUCAGCUGAUCGACCCUGUGGAGAACCUGGAAGGCAGGAUGUGUACGAAGCACAACAAACCUCUGGAGCUGUUCUGUAAGACCGACCAGAGGUGUGUCUGCAUGCUCUGCUCUGUUUUGGAUCACAAGUCACAUGAUGUUGUGCCUCUUAAAGAACAAUAUGAAAGAAACAUGGCCAAGCUUGGAAAGACAAGGACUACAAUUCAGCAGAUGAUCAAGAUGCGACAGUUUAAGAUCCAAGAGUUCAAAGAUUCAGUCAACAUCAGCAGGGAAAUUGCAGACAGAGAGAUAGCAAUCAGAAAUCAUGUCUUCACCAAGCUGAAGGAGGCUAUUGAGAGACACCAGGCCAAACUUAUUAAGACAGCUGAAGAAAAGCACAGAAUGACAGAGAAACAGGCUGAAGGUGCCAUCAAAGAGAUGGAACAGGAAAUCUCUGAGCUGGAGAAGAGAAGCUCUGAGCUGGAGCAGCUCUUACUCUUAGAAGACCACCUUGACUUCCUCCAGAGCUUUUCAUCCCUGGAUGCUGCUCCACCCACCAAGAACUGGACAGAGGUCAGAGUCUAUUCCCCUUCAUAUGAGGGGACUGUGGGGACAACUGUUGCUCAGUUGGUUAAGAUGGUCAAAAAACAGGUCAAGAAGUUUCUCAAGGAGUCUGAGCUGAAGACAGUCCAGCAGUAUGCAGUGGAUGUCACACUUGAUCCUGAUACAGCAAAUCCCCGACUCAUCCUGUCUAAAGAUGGGAAACAAGUACGUGAUGGUACUGUGUGGAAGAAUCUCCGACAUCACCCAGAGAGAUUUUCUCACGGUCUCUGUGUCUUGGGGAAGCAGUUUGUUUCUUCAGGAAGAUUUUACUUCGAGGUUCAGGUGAAAGGAAAGCCUGAUUGGGGUUUAGGAGUUGUUGCAGAGUCAGUCAACAGAAAGGGGCUACUCAGUGUAAGCCCUAAGAAUGGUUACUGGACAAUACAUUCGAGGAAAGGAAAUUUCUAUCAUUCUUUUACUGAGACCUUCGUCCCUCUCUUUCUGACAUCGAAGCCUGAGAAGGUGGGGGUGUUUGUAGAUUAUGACGAGGGUCUGGUCUCCUUUUAUGACGUUGAUGCUGCAGCUCUUAUAGAUGCCCAUAUUGACUGCUCCUUCACUGAAAAACUCCACCCAGUCUUUCUUCCCUGUGCAAAUCAGGGUGGUAAAAACUCUGCCCCUCUGAUCAUCUGUCCUGUGAACCCUACUUAGUGGAAUGACAUGUCAUGUUCCGCAAAAAGACUGACUUUGAGAUGAGGUGAAAUGAGCUUUCUUCAUAUGGAUGGAAAUUCAUGCAGUUGCAGAUCUGGUGUUUGAUGUAAGUGUUCCCUUAAUUAAUUUUCUUGAGCAGUGUAUUUUGGUUAAUUGUGGAGUCCUUUAAUAAACAUCCCAUUCCUACUUUCUACUGUAACACUAUGAUUUGAUAACAAGCGGUUUAAGUUUUAAACCUGUCUUGAAACGUCAAAACAUUACAUCAGACCUAGCUUGGGAGUUACCUUAUUUUGUGUAGCAUACUUUUUAUGUAAGUUCAUCUCUAUGUUUGUGUAACUGCCUGUUUGCCCAAACUACAUCUGCUGUGAUUUUAAAGAACUGAUUAAAUUGAAAUUAAACAGCAGGUGACCUUCAUGCCUUUAGCCCACGUGUUCUAUCAGUUGUCCAGUUUUAACAUCAGUUUUUAUUUAAAAAGAACAUAGAUAAUGACAUUUUUUCAAAUGCAACUUUUUUUGGUGACAGAGCAUCAACAGUGUUAUCUCUCUGUGCAUAUGUCUGCCAUGGUGAAUACAUGUGUGUCUCUAGAUAUCUGUUAUACAUGCUGCAUCUCUCAUUCCUAGGGUGUUUGAUUAAUAGAAAAUAUUUAUGAGUUAGAAAAGUGGGAUUAUUGUGCCUCUGUGUGGCGGAUCAAACCAAUGGGAAGAACCAGAGUUGAAUCUGUGUGAAAUAAAGUAUGAAUAAAGAAGGAGAGCAAUGAUUCUAUUAGAUUUUUUUCAAUACUUAUUAUUUGCUACUGUUUCCUUUUUUGUAAGAAACCAAGGCAAGCAAGACUUCCCCGCUUUUCAAAUAGUUUUCAUUGUCAUUUAAAUAAGAUUUAAGAAUUUUAUCUGUCAUAUUAUCAUACAUUAAAUAUG